GCAAAGCAAAAGAACCCACAGUCUUAACAGGUAAUACAGGAGUCUCAAGGUGCUCUCUCGAACUCUCAAGACUAGACCUUUUUUUUUCUUCUCGUCACACCACCGUUGCUUGGCAGGUCUGAAAGAAAAGAAAAGCGAAGCGCAUAAAGCAGUCAUUAAUUGCUGCUUUUGAGUUUCUCAACUGUCUUGCCUCCCAUACCGAAUAGUUUUCUCUUACUGUUUCUACAAGCUAUCGGCCUUUUGUUUUAUUACUUUCGUCUUCGCAGGACUCCAAUGUAGAACCUCCAGAGUUCAACUUUGCUCUUCUGCGUCUUGAGGUAUUUAUUGCUGUAAAUCGCCCACCUUCUCUAUCAACCAGGAGUAAUUGGUGCGCUCGUAGUUUUACAUUAAAACCCUCUUCUCGGCGUGUAUCUUUUCCUUUCUCCACUUGUACACCACCGCACGUGUUCCUUUUGGAAUAGCUUUUCUCUCCUCCUGCGCUUCGUCCAAAACUGGCCUGCACAAAACAGUGCAUAAUUGUCUGCAAGAGUAAAAACAAAACGUACGAGACAAUGUCCUUCUCUUCUGUCCCGUACAUCACGCGCGACGUCGCUACGGAGCCGCCCACCACGAUCGUCAUUGUGCCGUGCGGGAGUCAGCCGCCGGAGAUGCCAAACAAGAACGAGGCUGUGUUUGCCGUCACCGAGGAUUGCGUGGAGCCGACGAAAGGUUGGUUGAACCGCGAAGGUAAGCCACUACUGACGGUCUGCUUCAUGCACAGCUUCAGCAAGUGCGUGGGCCGCGCCAACUCGAACCCGGCGACGUGCUUUCAGAUCCACAUCAAGGCGAACGUCCUUAAUGCACUGCGCAAGCACUAUACGAACCCGACGCGCCGCUUCUUUACCCGCACGGUGAAGGCACUGCUGUGUCCGGAGCUGCGACAGCUGCUCUGCAUGCGGGUGCACAAAGAGCUCAAAGUGCAGUACCUCGAGUACCGUGUCAGCGACGUACUUCCCUCCACCGGACUCCUGCAGUACGAGGCCGCGUACCGGCGCUGGCUAUUCUGCGACGACACGAACAUCGACCACGCCAGCACCGCUACCGUCCUGCAAUGCCCCAGCUUUGCCAUGACGGGAUCGUGCAACUGCAGCACGGACUGCCCUUACGUCCAUGCUGACAUGCGGAAGGCGCAGGUGCGCGACCCCGUGCUGGCGCGUGCCUUACGCGACGUGAGCGACCUCACCCAGUCCCCGUCGUCUGUCCCUCUUUGUGUGCUGCGGUCGUUACCGAUGAGCAGCGCCCAAAGCGCCUCCUCGACGGAAAACACGAUCCAGGACGGUGUGGGCCCACUCCCCCAUUCUGCCGUGAGGGACCAGAUCCAAAGCUUUGCCAAGGUACCCAUCUUCACCGUUAUACAGGCCGACGGCGAGGCUGGUGGCCGUCUGGUUCCGCUACACGUCUAG